AUGGAGAAAAAGCAAAAAAUGGAGGAAAAAAAGAACUCCUCGGGGGGGGAGAGCAUCGACGGCGUGGAUGGACAUCACCCUGGGCGCCAGCUCAUCUAUGUGAACACACUCGAUUUUAUCAAAUUACCGAAAACGGGUCUUAUCGGAAUCCUACCGCUGCAGGCGGAAGGUCAAUCACUUCCGGAGAUUUCGGAGAAAGUACGAAGCUUAGUGUCCUUAGUGCACACCUACCACGUGGAGAUAACCCCCCCGUACUUGUUUGGCCACCCGAGUAAUAACAAAGCAGAACGAAAACGGAGACCGUGCGAAAGUGCUCCACGCUACAUCAACACGAGGUUUAAAGUUGAAGAAGUAAAGGGAAAGCCCUACGCGAAACAUCUGUCGCGGAAGGAGAGAAAGGCUUUACGGAAGUCGAUACGAAAAAGUAACAUAUAA